UGCAGAAUCACCAUGGCGUCUGUAUUGAAAGAGACUGCUGGGCUGUAUGAAACAUUGAAAACUGAGUGGAAUAAGAAAAAUCCAAAUUUGAACAAAUGCGGGGAGAUUUUGAGUAAACUAAAGAUCUCUCUGUUGGAGCUGAAUUUCUUACCAACAUCCGGGACCAAACUAACUCAACAGCAGCUUAUCCUGGCCAGAGAUGUCCUUGAGAUUGGAGCUUUGUGGAGCAUCCUGAAGAAAGACAUCCCGUCAUUUGAGCGAUACAUGGCCCAGCUGAAAUGCUAUUAUUUCGAUUACAAGGACCAGUUGCCCGAGUCAGUCUACAUGCACCAGCUGCUGGGUCUGAACCUUCUUUUCCUGCUCUCCCAGAACAGAGUGUCUGAGUUUCACACAGAGCUGGAGCGGCUCAGUCCUAAGGAUAUUCAAACCAAUGUCUAUAUCAGACACCCAGUUUCAUUAGAGCAGUAUUUGAUGGAAGGCAGUUACAACAAGGUGUUCCUGGCCAAAGGGAAUAUCCCUGCAGAAAGCUAUACAUAUUUCAUAGACAUACUGCUGGACACCAUCCGUGAUGAGAUUGCGGGCUGCAUAGAGAAGGCCUACGAGCAGAUCCAGUUUAACGAGGCCACACGUGUUCUUUUCUUCUCCUCUCCCAAGAAGAUGACGGAGUAUGCAAAAAAGAGAGGCUGGACUCAAAGCCCUGAUGGCUACUAUUCAUUCAGCACCCAGCAGCAGAGGACAGAGGAAGUGACCAUCCCCUCCACAGAGCUGGCCCAGCAAGUCAUCGAGUACGCACGACAGCUAGAGAUGAUCGUCUAAGAACACACACACACACACACACACUUAUGUAUGUAUACAUAUGUAUGGAUACAUAUAUAUGUGUAUGUGUGAGGUCAUGUAUGUAGUUUUAGUAGGAUUUUACAUACAUACAUAUAUAUAUAAAAUCAUACUAAACUUGCAUAUAUGACAUUUAUACUAAAACUACAUACAUACAUCUGUACUGUUCCACAGACAGAGAAUGGUCUUCAAAUGUUUGAACUCCCUCACCCUUUUGUCAAUACUUGUGCCUCUCUGACUGACUGCCAGGGGGCAUUUGUUCGUCUGUAUCUGUAUUUUUUGGGAUA